GAGCUACGACAGUGGCCACGACGAGAAUCCACUAGAUAGAUUUAUUUUUUUUUGCCAUAUCCAUUGUCUCGUGAUUAUUAGCGACAUAUUGUAGUCGUUAGUUAAUUCUUCGUUAGCAUUCGUCUACUUAUCAAGGAUGGCAGCCGAUGAAAAAGGAAUGCAAAAAUGGCGUAUCGUUGGUGGUUUCAACGUGAUUGUCGGUUGUAUCGUCUUGGUGGUUCAGGUGGCUACGUUGUUAACCCUUUGGGAAUGGGUGGAUUGGAUCGGCAUUGGCAUCUGGGGUGGUUGUUUUAUGAUAUCAGCCGGAUCUCUAACUAUCCAAAGAAGUCCCCGACUGAUCUCUAUGUCCGUUUGUGCUCUGCUAAGUGGACUUGCUCUCGUUAUCUUUUAUGCAUGGAACCUUGGUGUCUACAAUAAUUACUCAUACAACUACACAAGGGUUAAUGCCACCGGGGUCUAUAAACCGUACUGUAUCCAUUACGGUUACACCACUAGCUUAUGCCAAUGGCGAUUAGCGUCUGACAUCAUUUUCAUCGUUUGUGGUAGCUUAGCCAUGAUGAUUAACAUCGUUCUAUCAGCCAAUACUAAAGCGAUCGUCGUGAUUCGUCCGCUUGUGCGUUACCCCGUCAACACGGUCAACGCUUACCCGAUGAGCACGACCAACACGACAUAUGUUAUGACAAACAGCCGUCCAUCCGCCUAUCCGGUGGCUACCCAGCAAAUGGUUUAUCAAAUGCCCAAUAACGGCACAUAUCCAACGGGUGGUGUCGUCUAUCAAACAUCCCCCGGUCAUCAACAGCCAGUUUAUUACGCCCAGGCUAAUCCACCUGCUUACACUGCUACCGCUACUGCAGCCCCAGUUUAUUACAGUGUCUAAGCCCUCGUUAUUAGUUGAAUCACUAACAUGUUUCGAACAGAGAGGACGUGAUUGUUGGUCACGUUUAACUAGUGGGUGAUUUAAAAUUACAAUUUCUGAUGAAUUUGGCUUUUAUUCGUAAGUGUAUAACUCAAUACAGACGAUAUGGUGACGUUAGGUUCGACAAAAUCUGU